AAUUCGAUUUUUGAUGGUAGAAAUGAAUUUCCCGCAAAACCUAUUCCUUAAACCCUAACCAUAAACCAGGCCACUCGUGUCUUCUUCUUCAUCACAUUUUCUAAUUUUAUCAAACAAUUUUAGUUUCACGUGUGAAAUUGGAAUGGCUUGGCGCAGUACAGGAUCGCUCUCACGAACUUUCAUCUCCGCCGCCCGGGCUCCGUCUCGCAUCUCUUCGGCGCCGCUCCCUCGCGUCCAUCCAUCACCAGCCGCCGCCUCUUCCCGCUUUCAGUCGCGUCGCGUCUCAUUUGGUCCUUCUAGGAACUUGGGAGAAAUUGGAUGUCUGCAGUCAUUUAUGCCUUUGUAUAGCACAGUAGGCACGAACAACCUCACUUCACGCCUCAAUGCUAAUUUGCGGGCUUUUUGCGAGCUGUCUCAUGGCAAUGGAAAAGACGGGUGAUGCGCGUGGACUUUCAGUCAGCUAAAGGUGCAGAUUGUUUCCAGAAUUGUACCUGAAGUGCAUUGGAUCAGCCCCGCAAAGUUCAUCAAGAGUGUCAAUGAAGGCAGAAAGAGGGAUGUUAGGUAUUUUUUGUCUAGGAAAUACUUCAAUAAAGAAUUGCUUUUUUGAAAAUUUCAGAGUUACCUGCUUUUAGGAUGACCAAAUCAAAGGUUUUCUGUCUGGUAUCUAUAAGAUUGUGCCAAUAGAUAAUAUAUUUGCUGGGAUUCUACAACUUUGUUUUCCAUUAGCAAACUUUAUCUUAUUCUUUACUUUAUAAA